AAAACGCGGACGGGGCCAGAGGAGACGGCAGCCGUGACCCUUGGCCGCUCGCUCGCUCGCUCGCUCGCGCCGCUCCUCGCCAUGGCUGGCCUUCGUUCCAGCCUGCGAGGGGCUUUGUUGAGCCUGUUGCUCUUCUUGCUGAAGGCCCCCGCUCCCGCGCCGGCUGCCUCCAAAGCCAUCGUUUGCCAGGAGAUCACCGUGCCCAUGUGCAAGGGCAUCGGCUACAAUUUGACGUACAUGCCGAACCAGUUCAACCAUGACACGCAAGACGAAGCCGGCCUGGAGGUUCACCAGUUCUGGCCCCUGGUGGAGAUUCAGUGCUCUCCCGAUCUGAAGUUUUUCCUGUGCAGCAUGUACACCCCCAUCUGCCUGCUGGACUACGCCAAGCCGCUGCCGCCCUGCAGGUCGGUCUGUGAGAGGGCCAAGGCUGGUUGCUCUCCCCUGAUGAGGCAGUAUGGCUUUGCGUGGCCUGAGAGGAUGAACUGUGACAAGCUGCCGCUCCUGGGAGAUGCUGAGAUGCUGUGCAUGGAUUACAACCGGACGGAGGCCACCACCGCACUGCCCCCGUUUUUCACCAAACCCACUCGCUCCUCCAAGGGUGCCCACAAAAACCUCACCCCGCUAAGCAGUGGUGACUGCAAGAGAGUGUGCGAGUGCAAGGAGCCCUUGGUUGUCAUCUCCAAAGAAACCCACCCCCUCUACAACAAGAUCGAGACAGGCCACGUACGCAACUGUGCCAUCCCUUGCUUCCAGCCCUACUUCACCCAGCACGAGAAGACUUUUGCCACCUUCUGGAUAGGCCUGUGGUCUGUCCUCUGCUUCAUCUCCACCUUCACCACAGUGGCCACCUUUCUAAUUGACAUGGAGAGGUUCAGGUACCCGGAGCGCCCCAUCAUCUUCUUGUCUGCCUGCUACCUCUUCGUGUCCAUUGGCUACAUCAUCCGGCUGGUUGUGGGCCAUGCCAACGUAGCCUGCAAUGCAGAUUACAACCAUAUCCACUAUGAGACCACGGGGCCUGCUCUGUGCACGGUGGUCUUCCUCCUGAUCUACUUCUUCGGCAUGGCCAGCUCCAUCUGGUGGGUGAUCUUGUCUCUCACCUGGUUCCUGGCUGCUGGCAUGAAAUGGGGGAAUGAGGCCAUUGCUGGCUACUCACAGUAUUUCCACAUGGCAGCUUGGCUCAUUCCCAGCGUCAAGUCCAUCGCUGUGCUGGCCCUGAGCUCGGUUGAUGGUGACCCAGUGGCUGGCAUCUGUUACGUGGGGAAUCAGAACCUUGACAAGCUGAGGGGCUUCGUGCUGGCCCCGCUGGUGGUGUACCUCUUCACUGGGACCAUGUUUCUGCUGGCAGGUUUUGUGUCCCUCUUCAGGAUUCGGAGCGUCAUCAAGCAAGGAGGCACAAAAACGGACAAGCUGGAGAAGCUGAUGAUCCGCAUCGGCAUCUUCACGGUGCUUUAUACCGUCCCGGCAACCAUCGUGGUGUCCUGCUACAUCUAUGAGCAGCACUACAGAGAGAUGUGGGAGGUCGCUCUGAACUGCUCCUGCCCCGGGGACAAGAGCAAGCCCAAGCCCGACUACGCAGUCUUCAUGCUGAAGUACUUCAUGUGCCUGGUGGUGGGGAUCACCUCUGGAGUCUGGAUCUGGUCUGGCAAGACCCUUGAGUCCUGGAAGCGGUUUACAGGGCGAUGCUGCCAGCGGGGAAAGCCCCCUAGCAUGGCCAUGUACAGUGAAGCAAACACCGCUCUGACUGCCAGGACAGGGCUGCCCAGUUCCGCUUCCUACCACAAACAAGCCCCUCUGUCCCAUGCAUAACACUGAAAAAAGCACCUUGCUUGCCAUGGUUGGGAGCAGGUAAGUGGGUGGUGAAGCUCCCGACUGGCAGAGGUUUGGGAACAACCUUGGAGCUUUCUGUCUGCUCUGGAACUGCUUGCUUCACCUCCAGCUCUGAAAGGAGGUGCUUGUGUUUUGCCCACAUUUCAAGAUUGCUGUAUUUACCAA